AUGGGAACGUUGACUCUGAACGCAGAAAGUCAUGAACAUGAACUGGCCAGUCUACGCUCGCAGCUUGAGCGCGAGAAAUCCAAAUUCAAGAAAAUGCAGUUUGAUCUUCAGAAAGAGUUAAACAUUGCUUUCGAGGAGAACGUCAAACUGGGUUCUCUUCUCGACGGCAAAGUCCCUAAAAAUCUCAUCGACAACGUUGACCUCGAGAGAACGGUGACAAAGCUAAACAAGGACUUGACGGCGUGUCUGGAGAAUAACACGGAGCUCCACGUCCAACUGGAGGAACUGCAGCAGCUCCCCGACAAGAUGGCCGAGCUCUCCAAGCAGCUUGAAGAAAGUGAGUGUGUGAGAAAGUCCCUGACGGAGGAGCUGCAGGAGAUCCACACGCUCAAAAGGGAAUUGGAAGAAAAGGUUUCCAACUGUGAGGAGACCAGAAAAACUGAUGAAGACAUUCAGAAAGAACUCGAGGAACAACUGGAGCAGGCGGCGUCAGAGCUGCAGAACGCACAGGCCACAAAUGAGGCGGCCAUGUUGGAAUGGGAGAGCAGGCUGCAGUCGCUCUGUGAGGAGAGGGACGCCCUGCAACAGCGCAUGGAACAGGUUCCCGAGGCCGGAAGUCUUGUGCUUUCCCUUCAAGAGCAGCUUGAGGAGGAGAUGCAGAAGCUGUCCAGCGAGGAGGCGCUUCAUCAGCAGAGAGUGUCAGAGUUGAACCAACAGAUGCAGACUGUGUCCCAGGAGCUGGUCUCGCUGCAGCAGGAGAGAGACCACAGCUUUUCGUCUUUAGCCGCUUUGACAGAGGAGAGGGACCAACUCAAGGCUGACCUCCAAGAGAACAUUGAAAUGAUGAUCGAGCUCCAAGACGAACUCAGGAUUACUCAAGAGAAGAUCCGUUCCCAAAAGGAGUGUAUUCAGAAGCUGGAAGCACAGACUGCUGAGGAGUCUGCUCCUGAUCAGCCUGAAAAACAUGAGGCACAACAUCUACAAGAACACAAGAAAAGCUCCUCAGACGAGCUGCAGACGCUGGAGUCCAGAGUGAGAGGUCUCAGUGAGGACAAAGAUCAGCUGCAGCAGACUCUUGCUGCUCUCACACAACAGAAGCAGCAGCUGCAGCAGGUCCUGGACAGCAGCACAGACUCUCUGCAGACACAGAUUACUGAGCUGGAGCAGACUCUGCACAUGGUCUCAGAGCAGAAGAAGAGUCUGGAAGAGCAGCUGCAGAACCACCUGGAGACGAGUUCUCAGAAAGAGGAUCUUUUGAGCUCGGUUCAGGAGAAGCUGAAGGAGCAGGAGGAGAUAAACACUCGUCUGUGUGAGGAGCACAGUGUGUUAAAGCAACAGGUUCAGAGUCUGGAGGCAAACUGCUCCUCAGACGAGCUGCAGACGCUGGAGUCCAGAGUGAGAGGUCUCAGUGAGGACAAAGAUCAGCUGCAGCAGACUCUUGCUGCUCUCACACAACAGAAGCAGCAGCUGCAGCAGGUCCUGGACAGCAGCACAGACUCUCUGCAGACACAGAUUACUGAGCUGGAGCAGACUCUGCACAUGGUCUCAGAGCAGAAGAAGAGUCUGGAAGAGCAGCUGCAGAACCACCUGCAGACGAUUACUGAGCUGGAGCAGACUCUGCACAUGGUCUCAGAGCAGAAGAAGAGUCUGGAAGAGCAGCUGCAGAACCACCUGGAGACGAGUUCUCAGAAAGAGGAUCUUUUGAGCUCGGUUCAGGAGAAGCUGAAGGAGCAGGAGGAGAUAAACACUCGUCUGUGUGAGGAGCACAGUGUGUUAAAGCAACAGGUUCAGAGUCUGGAGGCAAACUGCUCCUCAGACGAGCUGCAGACGCUGGAGUCCAGAGUGAGAGGUCUCAGUGAGGACAAAGAUCAGCUGCAGCAGACUCUUGCUGCUCUCACACAACAGAAGCAGCAGCUGCAGCAGGUCCUGGACAGCAGCACAGACUCUCUGCAGACACAGAUUACUGAGCUGGAGCAGACUCUGCACAUGGUCUCAGAGCAGAAGAAGAGUCUGGAAGAGCAGCUGCAGAACCACCUGGAGACGAGUUCUCAGAAAGAGGAUCUUUUGAGCUCGGUUCAGGAGAAGCUGAAGGAGCAGGAGGAGAUAAACACUCGUCUGUGUGAGGAGCACAGUGUGUUAAAGCAACAGUCUGAGGCUCUGACAGAGGAGGUGCAGUUAUUGAGGAGGAAGGAGGAGACUGAAGUGCCAGCUCUGCAGCAGGAACUAAGUGACGCCAACCGGACGAUCUCCAAACUGAGAGAGCAGCCUCCCUCUGAGGAGAACCCCGAGCACCAGCUGUCUCUGCUCCUGCACGACUCCAACACACACUUUCAGAAGUCACUUCAGGACUUGCAGUCUAUGGUAGAAAGACGCUUGGUCCCCAUGCAGAGGAAGACGCUGGUCUUCAUGGCUCCAGCAGGAUUCAGCUCUUUGCCUAAAAACAUGGUGGAUUCAUUUAGAGCUGUGAAUUUUUUGACUGUGCGAUCUGUGAACGCCAUGAUCACCAUCCAGGAGCAGUUGAUGAAGUACGCACAGCGCUUCCUGCAGCUGUUUGAGGAACUGAUGAAGACGGACCUGGCUGUGUUCGAGGAGAGACGACUGCAGGACGUUCUGCUGAGCAUCAGGCAGGCCCCCAGCCUCUGCAUCACAGACAUGGACUUCAUGGAUCUGUGGAGACGGAGGCUGCAGGAGGUGGUGCACAAGAGGGAGCAGUACCUCACGAAAAUAGACAGUACAAUGAAGAACAUUAAUGGAUUCUACGGUGACUUGCUCAACGCCGAAUUAGAAGGAAAAGACCGGUUUGAGACGCAGCUGAGUGAGAUAUGCCGUAAAGAACCUGUCGAUCUGUUGGCUCUGGACGUGUUCUUUGGAACAGAGCAGCAGCAGCGGAACGACUACAUUCAGGAAAGAGACGCCAUUUUCAAGGAUUUCUCCAAAGAUCAGGAUGAGUCUCUGAAACAGCUGAGUGAGCAGGUGGCUCAGGAGAAGGCUCUGCUGGAGGACGAGAGGAGUAAGAGGUUUACUCUGCAGCACGGGCUGGAAUCAGCACCUCUCAAAUCUGAAGCGUCGCUCCUGAACGACAAUCAGAGGUUAUUGCAUCAACUACACACGACCCAAGACCUUCUGAAAAUUUUAAGCGCAGAGAAAGAGGAGCUUCAAAAGGCCCAGGUUAAAGCCGAACAUCUCGUAGCUUCUCAUAAAGAAGCAACUCAGCUUCUGCAGACGGAGCUCCAAGACACGUGUGCCAAGCUCCAGGAGAAGGAGGAAGAAGUGGAAGAACUCCAGACCAGUCUGCAGCAGUCUCAGUCUGAGGUAAGACUCCAGACCAGUCUGCAGCAGUCUCAGUCUGAGGUAAGACUCCAGACCAGUCUGCAGCAGUCUCAGUCUGAGUGGAAUUCAUCUGCUAAAGCUGUGGAGGUGGAAACACUAAACCUGAAAGUGUCCAAACUGGAAACAGAGUCUCAGAACUACAGACACGAGAUUCAGAAGCUGACGUCACUUCUCGAGGCAAAGGAGACCACGCUGAGGAGGCUCAAAGAAACUCUUCGCUCAAAGCAGGAGGAAGAGUCCAUGCUGGAGGGGGAGGCUCUUCACGCCCGCCUGGUCCGCCCUAAAGGCCUGGUCCAGAGCAGCGUGGUCCUGGAGAAAAGCCGACUCGAUGAAGAGGCCAAACAUCUCAAACUGAGGAUCACCGAGCUCGAGAGCCUGGUCAGCAGUCUUCAGGCCGAGGUCGGCAAGUGGAAGCAGCGCGCGCUCAAGAUGAAGAGCGUGACGGAGGCCAAACCGAAGCAGAACCAGGAGACCAGCUCACAGAAACGACUCCAGUUCGACUCUCCGAGGAAACUUCUGGGCUCCCCCAGGAAAGUCCUGGAGUCUCCCGCUCAGAUCAACUCUCCCAAAAGCCGGAUCUUCGACGGUGGAAGCCAUUCAGAGUUCCUGUUAAAAAAGUGCCCCAAGCAAUUCUUCGAUAACUCUAGUCUGGGAGCAGCACCAGGUGCUGAAGGUCGAGCAGAGAAAGAAGACUGGCUCCAGUGGCCGUUGUCUCCCAACGAAGAGAUUCGGGGGCAGUUCGCCUCCUCUACAGCAGGUGGCGUCACUUAUUUCAACCUCACAGUCAACAACGGUGACGUCAAACUCGUGCGACGCCACAGUUCCAGGAUGGAAGAAGCAACUCCUCCAAAAGUCAUUAAGUUGGUUCCUGAAUAUCUGCUGAAGAAGAGAAAGGCGUAUCAGGCCAUCAAAGCCACUCAGGCCAAACUCGCGCUCCUUGAAAAAAGAAAGGUUACAAAAGGCAAACCCCUGAAGUUUAAGCGGUUGGAAGACUUUUUAAAACACAGCCACAAAAAACAUCGAGAUGAAUGUCGCCUUCGCAGGAACAAGAGUCGACCUUCGAAGCCGCCGCCGCCGACGACACACGGCCUCGGGUUCGUCGUCAGAAUCAGAGAGAUCAAAGGAGUGAGCCCUAAAGUCAUGAAGGUCAUUCAGAUGUUGAGAUUACGGAAGAUCUUCAGUGGGACCUUUGUUAAAAUUGGAAAAACCUCCACCGCCAUGUUGAAGAUGGUGGAGCCGUACGUGGCCUGGGGAUUCCCAAACUUGAAAUCUGUUCGUGAGCUCAUCCUGAAGAGAGGACAGACGAGGAUCGGUUCCAAGAGAAUCCCUUUGACAGACAACGCCUUCAUCGAGAAACACAUGGGUGAGAAACUGCAUCGAACUACCAUCUGUUCCCCGGUCAUUGGGCAAGGCACUGUCUGA